UGUGCGGGUGUGCGCUCGGGUUCUGCGCGUGGCCGGACUCCGUCGAGGGGCGCCGAGCUGGGAGCAGAGAGCGCGCGGCAGAGACGCGCAGAGGAGACGCGCGGAGCUGAGGAGAAGCUGAGACUGGAAGGCUUCAUCUCCCCGUCACUUCACGGAGACACCGGGACCCGUCGCACCGUCCGGGUCCCGUCGCACCGUCUGACCCCAGAGCAGGUCCGAUUCCGGGCAUUGGCGCACAAUGGAAAGUUUAACCCAACGUACUUUGAUUGAAAUUCCUCAAUGAAAUUCCUCUUCAAUGAAUUCCUGAAGUAACUCUGGAGAACAAAAUGGAUUUAGAUAUUUUUUUGCCGUCGCGUAAGAAGUCCUUGAAGAAAGUUUAGUAUGCCUCCUUAAUGUAAGGCUCCUUUAGGAUUCCAUUCGACUCUACAGAUCGCAAUCCCUAGUCCCCAGCCAUGGACUCCCUAUACGACUCCACGGACGUCCCGCUGCUGGACCGCAACUGGACCAACGCCUCGGACACCAACGGCACGGCGGACGGGAACCAGUUCGUCCAGCCGGUGUGGCGGAUCGUCCUCUGGGGUCUGGCUUACUCCUGCAUCGUCCUGGUGUCCGUGGUGGGCAACCUCAUAGUCAUGUGGAUCAUCAUGGCUCACAAGCGCAUGAGAACCGUCACCAACUACUUCCUGCUGAACCUGGCGUUCGCCGAGGCGUCAAUGUCGGCCUUCAACACGGUCAUCAACUUCACGUACGCGGUGCACAACGACUGGUACUACGGGCUGGUCUACUGCCGCUUCCACAACUUCUUCCCCGUGGCCGCCGUGUUCGCCAGCAUCUACUCCAUGACGGCCAUAGCGCUGGACAGGUACAUGGCCAUCAUCCACCCUCUGCAGCAGAGGAUGUCAGCCACAGAGACCAAGGUGGUGGUGGGGGUGAUCUGGGUGCUGGCCCUGUUGCUGGCCUUUCCCCAGUACUACUACUCCAACACCAUCGCACUCCCCGGACGAGUGGUCUGCUACAUCGACUGGCCCGAGUACAAGCUCUGCGACUUCAAAAAGAUGUACUACGUGUGUGUGGUCAUCCUCAUCUACUUCCUGCCUCUGGUGGUGAUGGGCUGUGCCUACCUGGAGGUGGGUCUGACUCUGUGGGCCAGCGAGAUCCCGGGGGACUCCUCCGACCGCUAUAAGGAGCAGCUCAUCGCCAAGCGCAAGGUGGUCAAGAUGAUGAUCGUGGUGGUGUGCACCUUUGCCAUCUGCUGGCUGCCCUUCCACGUCUUCUUCCUGCUCCACGAGUUCCACCCUGAGAUGUUUGAGCAGCCCUACAUCCAGCAGGUGUACCUGGCCGUGCUGUGGCUGGCCAUGAGCUCCACUAUGUACAACCCCAUCAUCUACUGCUGCCUCAACGACAGGUUCCGCGCGGGCUUCAAGCAGGUGCUGGGCUGCUGCCCGUGCGUCCCGCGGGGGUCCUACGAGGGCCUGGAGCUCAAGUCCACCCGCUACCUGCACACGCAGACCAGCGUGUACAAGACCAGCUGCAUGGAGACCAGCGUGUCCACCGUCAUGCACCAGGCCGACGAGGGCGACCCGCGCGCCCGGAGGGCUGGCCCCGGCCCCGCCCCCGCCUCCCUGGGCCCCCCGGGGGCCGCCGGCGCCCCCCACGGCGGGGGGGCCGGGGGGAGGGGGAGGGGCGGGGGGCCGCGCCGCUCCUCCCUGGACCUGGCCUCCAACGGGUCCUCGUCCCGCAGCGUCUCCAAGACGGUGUCCGAGACGUCCAGCUUCUACUCCAGCCACAACCUGCAGGAGUAGGGGCGGAGCCUGGCAGGAAGCACAGGUGUGUACAGGCAUGGCUGUCCUGAUGACCUCCACCAGUCCCCCCCCCCCUCACCCCCCUCACUAUCACCCCCCAUCGCGGCCAGCUGACCGGUGACGGCCCCAGACCCCAGAGAACAUCACGACCUGUUGAGUCCAGAGAUAAGCUGCCCAGAAGAGGGAGAUCGACCCCCCCCCUUCCACUUCAUAUCUCCACCGGGCAGCUGUGUGAGUGUGUGUUGGUGCAGCUAUUGCCACCAUCAAUCACUCCGCGAUGGGCGGGGCUAACCAUGUGCCCAGCCAAUCAGUGACUCCGCUGCCUGUUUUCACGUCGGAAGCCGAAGAACUGUGUUGUCCCGUCCCGAGGCAGGGGAGAGAGUUCUCUGUUUGAGGCAAAAUUUGAAGUCUUGAAAUUCGGGAGUUACAAUUUUGCUUAGAUUAUUUUUAUUUAAAUGUAUAUAAAAAUAACAAUUAGAGAAAUGAUUUGCCAUUGCAAAUCAAACUUUAUGCUGUAAUUUAAAUGAAGCUUUGAAAACACACUAUACGAUGUUACACACAUCGUAUAGAAAGCAAGGAGCAAGAUGACUUGUCAAACUUAAAUAUUAAAUAUACUAUUCUUAAAAAUAAUAUAUAACUAAAUAUACUGUAUGAAAUAUUGUCAUGGAUUGUGUUUCUCAGACACCAUGCAAUGCAAUUAAUACACAAGGUACGGCGUGAUUUAUGAAUGCUUCAUAACAAUCAUAACGAUCUCCUCUCCGAUGCUAGUCAGCUGCUGGGCUGAGUUCAUUUGUUUCCUCUGCAGGCCCUGCAGUCCCUGGGCUUACUCUGUGGCAAUGGCACUAUAGGGAUUGGAAUUGCUUAGGUGUUGAGACAAGGAAAGAAGAGAGGAGAUGAGGAGAGGAGACGAGGAAAAAAGUGGAGAGAAGGAGAGCAGGCAAGCAGAAGAGAUCAGGAGAGAGGAGAGUGGAAGAGACUGAGAGCCAUGGCUAAAUUGCCAUAAAGUCAAUGGGGAAAAAAGCUGUCAAAGAUUUAUGUUUCUGAAACUUUAUCAACCCCCCCUUAAAUCAGUUCCCGACUAUACCACUGCUUUAGGAAGUGAUGUGUGGUGUGUGUGUGUGUGUGUGUGUGUGUGUGUGUGUGUGUGUGUGUGUGUGUGUGUGUGUGUGUGUGUGUGUGUGUGUGUGUGUGUGUGUGUGUGUGUAUUUUGGCCCUGCUGUCAAUAUGAUGCUUGGGAUAAUCUUGAUUUGUUAAGUGUUCUCAACUAUGGUGUCCGCUAACAGCAGGCCCUGCACUUCUACCGACGUCACACUCAGUUUGUUUGUCACCGCGACUGGACAACACACGCAACAGCUUUUCAUUUUCCCAAGGAAACUCGAAUAAGCAUGUACUUCUAUCUCCAGAAAUCUGACAAACAUAUUGCCCAAUUACCAAAAUGAUGGAGAUUUUUCUUUUUUGUUCACACAACUCUUUGUACAUUCAGUGUUACCUUGUUGGACUACUGUAAUAUGAGUUUAUGUUAUAUUUAUGUAAACAAGCUCUCUCUCUCUCUCUCUCUCUCUCUCUCUCUCUCUCUCUCUCUCUCUCUCUCUCUCUCUCUCUCUCUCUCUCUCUCUCUCUCUCUCUCUCUCUCUCUCUCUCUCUCUCUCUCUCUAUAUAUAUAUAUAUAUUCUCAGAUUUAAAAAUGAAUAAUCACCCGUACCUUAAAUAACCUCUUCUGCAGCCAAAGAUGUAAAUCUGGACAUAAUAAAGCUGUAGGCAAAAGCCAUCAAUUCCCAGGUUAUUAAAUUUAACUUACUGACAUUGUAAUUUCGCGCUGAGGGCAGGGAGAGAUAUAAAACCCUAUCAGAUGAUUGAAUCAGCCUAAUGACAUUUUAGGCCAAUGAGUCAACACUCUUGGUUUCCCGCCUCUUCUCCCAGGGAGGAGAGGGUAGUCAGCCAAUAGAGUUGUCUCCUUCCACAGAGGUGCCAAUCACACGUGCCUGUCCCGAACUCUGAAAUCCAACAAACUCCGCCCACCAACUUGGCGUGAAAUUUGUUUGUGUUAGGCAAUUAGGUGAUUGAGAACAAGAAGCUUUGGUUUUAAUCAGUUUAUAUUAGGUGAUUGAGAACAAGAAACUUUGAUUUUAAUCAGGUUAUAUAGUAUUAAUGGUGGUAUCAUUCGUGUAUUUGUGAGUAUUUACUUGUAUUUUAUGAGCUACUUUAAGUAUUAGCGUGUGCUUUUUCUCUGUAUAUUUUGUGAUUCACACCAGUGUGUGUGUGUACAUUCCCCUCAAAUGUUCUCUAGCACAUGGUAUACGACUUUCACACAGUGUGGGGUGCAGUUGUGAUCAACGGGGUAUGUGGCAGGAGUUGUACUUAGCUCUGUACAGUUCAUCACCUCAAUUAUGUGCACUGCAUAAUUGCUCUAAUGAACCAAUUUCAGACAGCUUGUUUGCAGAGACACGGGGAGAAACUUGAUGUAAACUAACACAUGCGACAAUGUUUUUUUGUAUCGUGUUUGCAAUCGUAUUUCAUAGUCGGGUUUAUUUGUGGAUCUUAUAUGUAGCAUUUGUCGUUAAUUCUGCAAACAAAUGUGGGAUGUUCUAUAUUUGGAGAGAUGUCAUCAUGCUUUGGUCCGAGUGGCUCUGCACCAAAAAAAAUUAAAAAAUAAAAGCGUUAUAUGUUUAA